AUGGGAAAGGAAACAGCGGUAGCUACCACGGCCAGCCCGGUGCCAGUGCGUCACAUCAGGAACAAGCGAUGCUCCUGCGCGACGUUCCUGGACAAGGAGUGCGUUUACUUCUGUCACCUGGACAUCAUAUGGGUCAACACGCCUGAGUACGUCACUUUUCCAACCGAUUCUAUUCUAUUAUUCUAUGUAAUGUAACUGGCUGACUUGGUUACAGUUGGCUAAUGAUUUCGUUCAUUUAUUUAGGCGCGUGGUUUCCUACGGACUGGGCAACGCAUCUAGAAAGAAGCGCGCCAUCAAGGAUCCCGAGGUCUCCAAACAGGACCCUCGAUGCAAGUGCGUCAGUGAAGAUGACAGCACAUGUACACGCUUUUGUCAGCUGGAAAAUCACCUCAGGUAUAACAUGUUGCAAAAUAUUAGCCCACAACUUCACUUGGUUCUAACUUGUCAGAACCUACUUACAUAAUGGUAUUAGCCUGAUUGUUGGGGUAAUUACGCGCGUUCCAUUCCAUUACUGCAAUGUGUAUGUUGCAACAUUGUAGCCUACACACAUUAUGCUAAAUACAUCACCAUCUGUGUUUUGGUAGCAUAUUUCAAAACUCCGUCUCUAUUUAUCUUGGUGACCUAUUCGAUUCGAUUCUCAUUUGAGCUGCUGCCAACAAAGCAAAUCACCGUAACCUGUGUGAACAAUGUUACACGUUGUCGUGUUAUUUUCCCCCUUAAAUGUUGCGAAACCAUAAGGAUUCAUGGCAACCCGACUCAAAGUAUUGUACACUUUCGCUUUUUCUUACUUUAGAUACGCAGCAGCAGCAGCAGCAGCGCCAGACACGGCGAUCCGUCCUGCGCCAGACACGGUGAUCAGUACUGUGUCAGACGCGGUGAUCAGUACUGUGUCAGACACGGUGAUCAGUACUGUGUCAGACGCGGUGAUCAGUACUGUGUCAGACGCGGUGAUCCGUCCCGCCAAGGGCACUGAGUGCGAUGGGAGGCGGCAGUGCAAACACAAGCUGGCUGCCAAAACGACGAGGAUUAAAAGGUAA